AUGGCCGAGCCUGUGACACUGGGUCGGUUCUUUGGAGCGCUGGGCAAGACAUGGGCGCUCAUAGGCGCGCUCUACCUCUUUGACAAGUACUCGCCUCUUGGCUGGUGGACGUUCAAACCUCGCCCUAAGGUGACCUGGUUUUCAUUGCUUUCCCCUCCCCCAUCCCCCCCCUCCACCGCACACCCCCCCGCCCUACAACCCCCCCUCGCUCUCCCUUUCCCCCUCCCGGUGCUUCUGUUCCUUCAAACCUUUCCGCCACUGAACCACUCGCAGGAGGAGAGGGCCAUGGCGCACAUAUACGAGAGGGGCCCCACGCCCUUCCCAGGGGACGCAGCAGCCGGCGACCCACACGCAGUGGACCGGUACUUUGAGCGCGGCGGCGUGGCAACCACCGUCGUGCCGGCCCGGUUCCGCCAGUCCUCGUCUGCUGGCAGCGCUGGUGCUGACGUGGAGGGGCGGCGGGCGGCGGAGGAGCAGCGGGUGAAGCGGGAGGCGCUGAGGCUGUGGCUGCGCAUGAGGAGGGAAGCAGAGAGGGAGCUCAAGGCACAGGGCUAUGACCCGAUGCAGUGA